AUACUUUCUGAGACCUGGUUAUCAUCCGCUAUAAGCGAUAGUGAAGUUUUCGAUUCACGGUACACAGUAUUCAGAUGCGACCGAAACCGCACAGCGACGGGUAGGCGUGAUGGCGGCGGAGUGCUAGUGGCUGUGCGCCGCGGCCUGCACGUCGAGCGUUGUUCGCUUGCACUUACCUUACCUGAUAACGAUACAAACAGUACACCGUCGCCUUUUAUUGAUUACGUGUUAUUGAAGAUUAAAAUGGGUAGCAUAUUCCAUGUAAUUUGUGGGGUUUAUAUACCACCAAAUCAAGAUUUAGAUAUUUAUACAACAUUUUUAAAUUUACUACAGUAUUAUUUCAAUAAUAUGCCGAUUAUAGACAAAAUAUACAUAGCUGGGGACUUUAAUUUACCAUAUAUUGAAUGGAUCGAUCCCUCGACUCAAACAUACUCUUUGCCAUGCGAUACCAACAAUGCACUAACUACCACUAUGAGUAUUUUUUUACGCGCUACGCAUACUAGGCAAUAUAAUUAUAUUAAAAAUAAUAUGGGACGUAUUCUGGACUUAUUUAUUUCUAACGAUGAAGCGUGUUGUUGCGAACCAGUGCUUAACCCAUUAGUAUAUAUUGACUGUCUACACCCUCCUUUUCAUGUUCGUAUAUCAUGGUUCCGCCAACGUAAAACAAUUAAUUCAGAUCCAACAUUAAAAUAUUAUUAUGUAGAUGCAGAUUACGCAAUAAUUAACGAAAAUAUUAACAGUCAUGACUGGUUGGACAUUCUGCAGGGUUACCCUGUGAACACAGCAUGCAUGGUCUUCUAUGAGAAACUAAAUGAAAUCAUAAAAUCUAACGUGCCAGUACGGCCUGCGAAAUCGACUAAUUAUCCAAUCUGGUUCAAUCGGCCUCUAAUUCAUAUUUUUAAAGACAAAGAAAAAGCUUGGAUUAAAUGGAAGAAAUAUAAUUCGAUAGCUCAUUAUGAAGAAUUCUCAAUUUUGCGCAAAAGAUUUAAAACACUCAGUAAACAAUGUUUUAACAACUAUAUUGCCGCUAUUGAAGACAGUUUAAAACAAGAUGUUAAAAAAUUCUGGUCUUUUAUAAAAACUACUAAUAAAAAAUCUGGCAUACCUUCUUGUAUGAAAUAUAAUGGCGUAGUAGCUGAUGAGCCGGAAAAAAUUUGUAACCUGUUUGCUAAAUUUUUUGGAUCUGUAUAUGAACAAAGCGAUAAGAUUCUCGAUACGGUGUCCUCACCAUUUAACGACAUAUGUAACACUGUACUAUCUGACUAUAACAUCACUAAGGACUGCAUUAUUGUAGCACUGAAGUCAUUAGACAUUUCGAAAGGAGCCGGUCCUGAUGGCAUACCUCCAUUUUUCUUGAAGCACACUGCUGAAUCCAUAUCCACUCCGUUACACAUCUUGUAUAAUAAAAGCUUGCAAGAAGGUACUGUGCCAAAUGUGUGGAAAUUAGCAAAUGUGACUCCCGUAUACAAAAGCGGCAACGAGAACAUUGUCUCCAACUAUCGGCCAAUAUCACUGCUGUCCACCUUGGCGAAACGUGUACAAGUAGAUGCUGUAUACACAGAUUUUUGUAAGGCUUUCGACAAGCUGGACCAAGACAUAUUACUGCAAAAACUCGCAUUUAACGGAAUUAGAGGCAACUUGCUUAGAUGGUUUUCAUCUUAUGUGAAGAACAGGUCGCAACAAGUUUGUAUUAAUGGCUUUACUUCUGAAGUUAUUAAAGUAACUUCAGGCAUUAUAUAA